UUGGGCAAAUGUAUGGCAAAGGUCAUCGUCAUAAUAAUUUUUUCAUAGUGGGGGUUAAUUUCAAAGCACGUGCUCAAGAAGAUGUCCAGUUCUGCAUACAACUAGACUUGCUAGAGAUUAGAAGAUUGUUAUUGCCAAAGAAGUCUGACCAAAUUAAUUGUGUGUUUAACUGAAAUAUAAUUAUUCAACAAGAGAAAUGGCUCUUGGAGCAUCAGUGAAUGAAACGAAAUUUGAUUCUGAGACUUUGGAGUCUAAAGGUGAUACAGUGAAUAAAAAACUUGAUGAGAACUUACAAGAUAGCGCAGUAACCAAAGAAGAAAGAAGCAAGCAGGCCAAAGAUGAGGAAGAAAAAGAAAAAGAUGAAUCUGAGGAAGGAAAAAAUAAAGAUGAGGUUAUUUUUAUACAGGAUGUUGGCUUUUCUGUGAAAAUUAUUAGUCCUGGAGCAGAACCGUUUGACAUACAGGUUUCAAGUAUGGAACUAGUUCAAGAAAUACAUCAGUUACUCAUGGACAGAGAAGAUACCUGUCAUCGCACCUGCUUCUCUCUACAAUUGGACGGAAAUACAUUGGACAAUUUCGCAGAAUUAAAGAAUAUUGAAGGUUUGAAAGAAGGGUCCAUUAUAAAAGUUGUAGAAGAACCGUACACUAUGCGUGAGGCGAGAAUACAUGUCAGACAUGUAAGAGAUUUACUAAAAUCUUUGGAUCCUGCUGAUGCAUACAAUGGAGUUGAAUGCAAUUCGUUAAGUUUCCUAAAUACUAUUACCCAAGGUGAUAUCUUAGAAAAGAAAAAGAUGCGUCCAGAAAGUGUAGAUUGUACGCCUCCCGACUAUAUAAUGCCAGAUAGCAAAGAAAGGUCUCUAACUGCUCUACAACCUCAGAUUAAAGAACAAAAAUCUCCUCAGUGUAUCAAAGUUUUGACAACUUCAGCAUGGAACCCACCACCCGGACAUAGAAAAAUUCAUGGAGACUUGAUGUAUUUGUACGUUGUCACUUUAGAGGAAAAGCACUAUCAUAUUUCAGCUUGUUCACGUGGAUUUUAUAUUAACCAAUCAAGUGCUGAAGAAUUUAACCCAAAAGCAGCUUCUCCUAGUCAUUUGUGCCACUCACUGAUAGAACUUCUUAACCAGAUUUCGCCACAGUUCAAAAGAAACUUUGCAACGCUUCAGAAAAAAAGAAGUCAGCGACAUCCUUUUGAAAGGGUAGCCACUCCUUAUCAGUUAUAUGCCUGGACUGCCCCCACUAUGGAUCAUACUUUGGACGCCAUCAGGGCAGAAGACACAUUUUCUUCAAAAUUGGGAUACGAGGAACACAUUCCAGGCCAAACGAGAGACUGGAACGAAGAACUCCAAACAACCCGCGAACUUCCAAGAAAAACCUUGCCUGAAAGACUUCUACGAGAACGUGCUAUUUUUAAAGUGCACAGUGAUUUUGUUGCCGCUGCUACCAGAGGUGCUAUGGCUGUCAUAGACGGAAAUGUAAUGGCCAUCAAUCCAGGGGAAGAAGCUAAAAUGCAGAUGUUUAUUUGGAAUAAUAUAUUCUUUUCGCUUGGAUUUGACGUAAGAGACCAUUAUAAGGAGUUAGGAGGCGAUGCUGCUGCUUUUGUUGCUCCGAGAAAUGAUCUACAAGGAGUACGUGUCUACAGCGCAGUAGAUUUGCCUGGUCUUUACACACUUGGAACGGUCGUAAUUGACUAUAGAGGCUACAGAGUGACAGCACAGUCAAUUAUUCCGGGAAUUUUAGAAAGAGAACAGGAACAGUCGGUGGUGUACGGAUCCAUUGAUUUUGGAAAAACUGUUCUGACACAUGCAAAGUAUUUGGAUUUGUUAAACAAAGCCGGCCAACAAUUGAAGAUACUUCCACAUCAUGUUAUAAAUGAAAAGGGUGAAUCUGUAGAGUUAUGUUCAAGUGUGGAAUGUAAAGGUAUUAUCGGGAAUGAUGGAAGAUAUUAUAUUUUAGAUUUGUUGAGGACUUUUCCGCCAGAUGUCAAUUUCUUAAAAUUGGAAGGAGAAGAGUUGAGUCGCGAUGUUAACCUGUUUGGAUUCCCAAUUGAACAUAAACAUAAACUUUGUUGUUUGAGGCAGGAACUCAUCGACAGCUUUGUGGAUUCGCGCUAUAUGAUGUUCAUUAAGUAUGCAGCCUAUCAUUUGCAACAGUUGAAUUUGAAAAAGACCGAAGAAAAGCAAAAGCACGAUGAAAAUGUCAAAGCCAUAGAAGAAACCAAAAAGGAUGAUGCCAGUAAAGAUAAUAAAGAAACCGAAGAAAUAACUAAAGAUAAUGAUACAGAAAAGGACAAUUCUGAAGAGAAGAAAAGUCAAUUAGAAGAUGCAGAAGCUAAGAAAAUUGUUGAAAGUAUAACGGAUGGUAGCAAACUUGAGCUAGAAGAAAGCACCAAAAACAUAGUGAAAACUGCUUCCAUGGCUGUAGGAUCUCUCAAGGAUACAGAAUUUGAUAUAAGAUUUAACCCAGAUGUAUUUUCUCCCGGAAUCAAACAUUGUCCAAAUUCCGAUCCUCCCAUGGCAAAACAAAAACAACUGAUCAAAGAUGCCGCUGAAUUUUUGUUGACUGUUCAGAUUCCUACUUUCAUUCGUGACUGCCUGGACCACUCGUCUGCACCAAUGGAUGGUACAACAUUAUCGGAAGCACUGCACAAUAAAGGUAUAAAUAUUAGAUACCUUGGUAAAGUUACACAUUUGUUAGCAAAAGUUAGGCAACUCGAGUACCUGUACAGCAUUGCCGCUUCUGAGUUAAUAUUAAGAUCAGCUAAGCAUAUUUUUACUUCGUACUUACAGGGUUGUGAAAUGAUGAAUCUAUCGGUAGCUAUAGCGCACUUUUUGAACUGCUUUUUAUACUCUGGUCCUAUGACUAAUCCACUACAAGGUCAAGAUGAGAACAAGAACAACAAGAAGAGAAAUAAAAGAAGGGGAAGGGCUAAUCCAUUAUCUUGUCAAGAUAACAAUGAAUGGGCCACUCUUACUCCUAAGACUCUGUGGAAUCAAAUAAAAACAGAACUGAAAGCAUACUUCGACUACGAAUUGCUUUCUAGUGACAUUGAAACUACGAUAGAAACAUACAGUUUGCAAAAGAUUUCAUUACUAAGAUCUUUCUGUAUUAAAACCGGUAUUCAGAUUUUAUUAAGAGACUAUAAUUUCGAUUCUAAAAACAAAUUAAUGUUCUACGAAGAAGAUAUACUAAAUAUUUUCCCGAUUGUCAAACACAUCACGCCUAGAGCAACAGACGCUUACAACUUUUAUACAACUGGACAGACUAAAAUUCAACAAGCCGCUUUGAAAGAGGGAUACGAACUUAUAAGCGAAUCCUUAAAUUUGUUGAAUAAUGUAUAUGGAGCUAUGCAUCCCGAAAUCGCACAAUGUUUAAGAAUGAUCGCAAGACUGAAUUAUAUUAUGGGAGAACAUGGGGAAGCUAUGGCUUAUCAACAGAAAGCUGUAUUUAUGUCGGAAAGAGUGAAUGGUAUUGAUCAUCCAUAUACCAUUACUGAAUAUGCUCAUUUGGCACUAUACUCUUUUGCCAACAGUCAAGUGAGUACAGCUCUAAAGUUAUUAUACAGAGCAAGAUAUCUUGCAAUCCUUGUCUGCGGAGAAAAUCAUCCAGAAGUCGCUUUACUUGAUAGUAAUAUUAGUUUAAUUCUUCACGCUGUUGGCGAGUACGAUCUGUCUUUACGCUUCCUGGAAAAAGCUUUGGCUUUGAAUAUUAAAUAUUAUGGAGCCAAAUCACUUAAGGUUGCUGUCAGUUAUCACUUGGUAGCCAGGACACAAAGUUGUAUGGGUAACUUCAGAUCUGCGUUAAACAGUGAAAAGGAAGCCUACGCAAUAUACAAACAGCAGCUUGGCGAUAAUCACGACAAAACCAAAGAAUCUUCGGAGUGUUUAAAACAUUUGACGCAGCAAGCUGUAGUCCUUCAAAAGAAGAUGAAUGAAAUAUACACUGGGAAAAAUGGAGCUACACUGCCACCAAUACAAAUUCAACCGCCUUCCAUGGGAUCUGUGUUAGAUAUGUUGAAUAUCAUUAAUGGAAUCAUUUUUGUUCAAAUUAGUCAAGAAGAUAUUGAAAAUUUUAAGGCUGAAUUAGAAAAAAGACAGAAUGAAGAAUCUGAAGAACUAGAAAAUCAAGCCACUCCUGCAGCAGUAGCCGAAUCGUAGUUACUUUGAAAAUCGUAGUCAUAUUAUAGUAUUUUUGUUUCAAUCAGCGACAUGCACUUUUACCUAGUCAUACUAAUUAUUUCUCGACGAUUUACUAAAACUUAAUACAUUUGCUCAUGUUUCAUCUGGUAUGUAUGAUUCUAAGAAUAUUAAACUUUAGUAUAUUCGUUUGUUAUACCAGAUUGAAGUAUAAAGACAUAUUCUCAGGUAGGAAUGUAAAAUGAAAUAUUGAGUUAGUCAACAAUAGUUAAAUAACAACUGUAGUGGGAAUUAUUAUUCGAUAAAAUUGAUCAACAGAGGUUAGAUCCUAUGCACUUUUAUCGUUCAAGUGAUAACUAAUUUCUUGAUCAACUAGUGUGAACAGAUUUAACUUAAAUUCAAUUUUUGUUGAUCAACUUUAUUUGUCAAACUACUUGAGUCGUUCAUUUGUACUUUUAUAUUUAGCUCUUUUUGUUACGACUAGAUGUCCAGUAUUAUUUGAAUUACAUUUUUAUCGGAAAAGAAAUAAUCUGUAACUGUAACAGCAGGAAUCAAGUGUGACACAGUUAUUAAAAUACCAUUUGUGAUAUCUAUUAUAUUAAUAAAUAUCUCACCUAUUAAUAAAGCUAACUAUUUAUAACAUUGCGUAAGUAAAAUGUUGUUAUACGUAAUUAAAGAUCGUUAUUGAGAAAUUCACACCUAGAAUGCAGUACGGCUAAGAUAGGGCAAUGCAUUUCUAAUGGGGAAUAAACGCACAGGGUUGUCGGUCUUCACCGGUUGUUGAUUGCUCUCUCAAGAGCGUCGCACAGGAACUGUGGCAACACUGAAUGCGCAUUCGUAUCUUAACCGUACUGCCAAAGAAUAUAUAGCCCCUAGAAGAACUUUUUAUAUGAAACAGAUGGUCACGUUUAUAAGCAAGCUUGGUGACGAGGGAUGUUGCGGGCGGUGGUUGUCAGGUCUAUGCACCUCCAUGGCACCUACUCAGUUGGAACGGAAAAUCCUAUGCUAAAACGUUACAGGGUCGUACCUUUCUAGGAGAGUAUAUAUUCGUUGGUACUGCAAUCCCAGUGUGAAUUUCACGUUAGACUUCGUCAAAUUACAUAUUAAACGUAGAUGGAAGAAGACACUAUUGAUUCCCAGAAGUAUAAAGUCCAAAAAUGAACCUGCGGUUAUUCCAAAUAGGGUUUCACCGCUCAGUGGCGUUCAUUCAUUCAUCUCUACCGAAAGGCGUUAAGACGCUAGAGAAAUGGAACAUGCCAAUUUAUUUGAAGAUAUGGAUAUGCUAGCAAUACGUAGGUUGUUCAAAUGAAAAGGUAAGAAACGACACUGUGGGUAUAAAUGAAGUGUCUUUAUUAAUAGGAUUCACCAUUGGCCUGAGCACAACUAUCCCAUUGAUUAAAACGCUUCCCUUUGAGAUGGUUUUUUAGGGGACCAAGCUCAUGCAAAUCGCAGAGCGACAUGUCCGGGUUAUAGGGCGCCUGGUCAAGCUACUCCCACUUGAAAUUGGCCAUUUCCGCUUGUGUCACCUUGGAGACGUCUAAACAUUCCGUAUAUGUAUUUGGCACCUAGGAGUUUUCUAUUGGUUCCUUGCGUCACGCAGUCAUAUUUCAACCAAUACGCGGUGAGGUGCCAAACGCAUAUACGGAAUGUUAGUCGGUGCGAAAUUCAUAUACGGAAUGUUAAAUAUUCGUAGACGGAAAAAGAUAACUUUUUAUUAGUCAGUUAAAAGGAGAUUGAUUUUAAAAUACUUGUUAAUGUAUUAUUAAAUAAAAAUAAAACAAUUAUUAUAGUAAUUGGAAUGGUAUUUGGUGCGAAAUUCAUAUACGAAAUGUUAAAUAUUCGUAGACUAAAAAAGACGACUUUUUAUUAAGGCCGCGUUCAGAGUGGACGAGCAAAGAGCAAAGCGGAGAAAUCAAACUCAUACUGGGAAAUGGAGGUACACAGAGUGCUAGCAAAGAGCAAAGCGGCGAAACCAAACAAGUUUGAUUUCUUCGCUCGCACUCUUUGGUCCAUGUGGUGAGACCGCUCCCGUCUGAAAAAUUUUUUGAUUCGGUUUCUUUGUCAAUUCCUAUUCAAAAAUGUCCCCUUUAAACAAAUCUGAAGAGCACCGGGCGGAAUUUUUGGGCAGAAAUUGUUUAAACAAUUUUAUCUACUCUAUGUUAUAUUAUGUGUAAGAUUUUAGUUUGUGAAAGCUGUCAUUCUAGAUAGCAGUGCGUGAAGUGUUUAAAGUGAGCGUGAAGUAACAAUGUAUUUUAAAUGGGACUUAUUUUUCGCACUGUUUUUAACACACUUUCAUAUAAUCAAAUAUCCUUAACUUUGGCGUUGUCAUGGUGAUGACAUAAUCAGCAAUAAAUUACGACAAAAGUUUUUACAGUUUUGUGGUUUGAAAGAAGUUAGAAUUUUUAAAUGUCAAAGUUCUAAAAAUUGUAGAAUAGAAAUGAAUUCCAGUGACGAAGAGUUACAGUUUUUAUAUUUGUUUAUCGUAGAUAAAAUAUUGUAUGAAACUGUGCGUGAAGUACUUUUUGCGAACUUACGCGAUGUAUAGCACUCGCUCCGCUGUCGCUCGUGCUCUAAAUAUCGCGUGCGUUUGCAAAAAGCAUACUUCACGAACUGUUUCAUAAAUAACUAUUUUUAAACAAAUACAAAAGAUCACGUUUUUUGCUCCGGAACAUAUAUUUUUAGGUUUUUUUGGGUUAUUAUAAACAAAAAAGGUAUCUUGUAAUUUUUCCCAAAAAUUAAUAGUGUUCGAGUUAUAGGCGAUUUAAAAUCUGAAAAAUGCGAAAAUACGCAUUUUCGAGGCUUAAAAAUUCAUAUUUCAAUUAGUAUUUUUGAGGUUGCCAGAUACUUAAAUUGAUGAUUAAACAUUCAGCUUCGAUUCUGAAGAGUGAUCGCGUCUAACCUUAAUUUAUACCGUUGUUUUUUAAUUGUUAAAUAUGCGUGUUUAUCCGAUUUUUUUGCCGGUGCGGCGCGCUCUAUUUCAACAAUCUCCUAUUUCCUCCGAAAAUUAUUUCUUCUAGAUUUUUUGGGACAUUCUAAAUAAAAUAAGUUUCUUGACAUUUUUCUCAAAAGUUAAUAGUUUUAAAGUUAUAAGUUAAUAAAAAACUCAUUUUUGGAUUUUAAAUCGCUUAUAACUUUAAAACUGUUAACUUUUGAGAAAAAUGUCAAGAAACUUAUUUUAUUUAGAAAAUCCCAAAAAAUCUAGAAAAAAUAAUUUUCGGAGGAAAAUAGGAGAUUUUUGAAAUAGAGCGCGCCGCACCGGCAAGAAAAUCGGAUAAACACGCAUAUUUAACAAUUAAAAAACAACGGUAUAAAUUAAGGUUAGACGCGAUCACUCUUCAGAGUCGUGAAGCUCAAUGUUUAAGCUUCAAUUUAAGUAUCUGGCAACCUCAAAAAUACUAAUUUAAAUAUGAGUUUUUAGGCCUCGAAAAUGCGUAUUUUCGCAUUUUUCAGAUUUUAAAUUGCCUAUAACUCGAAAACUAUCAAUUUUUGAGAACAUUUACAAGAUACCUUUGUUGUUUAGAAUGACCCACAAAACUUAAAAAUAUAUGUUCCAGAGCAAAAAACGUGAUCUUUUGUAUUUGUUUUAAAAAAAAAAUUGUUUAAACAAUUUCUGCCCAAAAAUUCCGCCCGGCACCCUUCAGAUUUGUUUAAAGGAAAUUUUAAAAUAUUUUUAAAUAGGAAUCCACAAAGAGACCGAAUCGGACAUUUUUUCAGACGGGAGCGGUCUCACUACAUGGACUACUGUGAGAGUAAAGAGCAAAUAUCCUACCGCUCCUAUCCAUACUGCCUUGUGGAAAAAAACUAAACUCUCGUCUAGCGUAACUACCCGCUAUUAGCACUUCUUUGCUCUUUCCUCUUUGCUCGUCCACUCUGAACGUGCACUUUUUGCUCUUUGCUCGUCCACUCUGAACGCGGCCUAAGUCAGUUAAAGAAGACUGAUGUUAAAAUAUUUUAUUAAUGUAUAUUAAAGAAAAUAAAACAAUUAUUACCUAUGUAUAUGGAAUGUUAUUUGAUGCGAAAUUUAUAAAUGGAAUGGUAUGGUAUAGAUUUAAGAGACUUUAUUAUUUGACUAUUUCGCUUUCGCAGAAUUUUUAAUAACUUGUACGUGUUGUAUAGUAUGUUUAGAUUUAUGUUUCAGCUAUUCAAUUCUGUUAUUUCUGUUGAAGUUUAGGGCUGAGUGCUACCAGACGAAAAUAGUCGUCUUUUUUAUCUACGAACACUUUUCCGUAUAUGAAUUUCGCACCAAAUAACAGUCCAUAUGAUAUACUGGUUUAUUUUUAUUUAAUAAUACAUUAACAAAAUAUUUUAAAAUCAGUCUUCUUUAACUUACUUAAUAAAAAGUCGUCUUUUUUAGUCUACGAAUAUUUAACAUUCCGUAUAUGAAUUUCGCACCAAAUAACAUUCCAAAUACUAUAAUUGUUUUAUUUUUUGUAAUAAUACUUUAACAAGUAUUUUAAAAUCAAUCUCCUUUUAACUGACUAAUUUUUUUCCGUCUACGAAUAUUUAACAUUCCGUAUAUGAAUUUCGCACCGAAUAACAUUCCGUAUAUGCGUUUGGCACCUCGCCGCGUAUUGGUUGAAAUAUGACCGCGUGCCGCAAGGAACCAAUAGAAAACUCCUAGGUGCCAAAUACAUAUACGGAAUGUUUAGAUGCAUCCUGGAGACGUGCCUUGGUUCAUCAACCAAGCUCUUACGGUCUGUACGAAAACUGGCACUCCAUUUUCUCACUGACUUGUCGGACACACAGUCUACCCCGAAUACGAUCACUAUCAGGCGAAGGUUCUUGAACCCCUAAGUGGAGCAUAGAGCGUCAGUGAAAUCACGCAAUCGGGUUCUAUUUUGCGCUAAGGCCUUCACUUCAUCCCAAGACUUUCCUUGACCUCUUAUCUAGUCCAUGAUGGAUUUUCUUCAUGGGCGUAUAAACACAGAUGGACUCAGUUAUUUACAUAAAAUUGUGAAGCCGAAAUUAUUUGAAAAGGUCACAAUCUAAGCACCUUCACAUGUCACGUUUUUUUAUUAAAAUUUCUUAUUCGUGUAUCGCUGGAAAUGUUACUCCUUAUUUUAUACUCUACAUAAUAUGCUAUCAAACUAAAAUAAUAAUUUUUCAGUUAUAUUAAUUUACAUAUUGAAUUGUAAUUAAAAUAGCAAGUGUUCAUAUCAUUGAAUAAUAGAUAUCAACCAAUUAUUGUAUAUUACGUAGAAGCACUGAAAACUAUUUAUAAAUGGCAACGGUGUUUACAUUUCUCUGUCUUUACAAACAUCUUGUAAGUUGUCAAAAGUUUGUUUACUUUUUAAGUUAGAUGAGGAAGAGUUGUUUUUCGCUAUUUUGGCUCUAUUUUGAGUGAUAUUUGUGAAAAGUGAAAUAAAUUAUCAUAAUAAUGGUGCUAGAGUGUUGCAUUUGCAACAUUUCAUUUGUAAGUACAUACUGUUUAUUUAUAUUAUAGAGGAUGAGGAAGUUUGUUUACAUUUUAAAAUAUGUCUUUCAUAUGCGUAUCAUUGGGUUCCUUCAUACUAAUGAAAUAGUACAUACAUUAAAUUAGUAUAGACAUUUUUAAAUUGUAAGUAGACAUAGUUAUACUGUUUUUUUUUAAAUUAAAUUCUUUGAAUGUGUUUUUACAAAUUAUUACUACUUCCAAUUAUUAACGUCUGAAUAAUUAUCCCCACGAGUAAAAAUUCAAGCACGCUUAUGCUCAUUGAGAAAGAGUCACAUUCUAUCGAAGCUUCAAAACAGUGUAUGUUUAAGGUAUCUUAUUGCUGGGUCCAUCUGUGUUUAUAGGUCCAUGAUUUUCUUCAAAUUUGUGCUGGGCGACCUCUUUUUCUUUUUCCUUGGUAAUUCCACUCUAGGACAGUCUUUACAAUACUGGAAUUAUUUUUUCGGAGUGUGUGACCGAUCCAACCCCACUUUUUGUACUUUAUUUCAUGCUCUAUCCUCUUUUGUUCGGUCAGUUGUAGUAGAUCUUCGUUUCUGAUGAUGUUAGGUCAGAAAAUAUGAACGAUUCUUAGUAGAUAUUUGUUAACAAAGACCUACAGUUUGUCACUUUCCAGGUUUCACAUCCGUAGAUUAGAACGGACAUGACAUUUGACUGGAAUAUUCGGAUCUUUGUCCUUGUAGUAUACUCGGCAGACCUCCAAACAGGAUUGAACAUGCUGAAAGCUAGUUGAGUUUUUUGUAUCCUCGUAUGAAUUGUGAUGGUACACGACAACCCUCACGGAAUUUUCCUAAUUCCUUUGUUAUAAAAAUAAGGUCAUAAUAUUAUAAUUGCAAUUUGUAUAAUUUAUUACGACAGUAGCAAAGUUCAAAGUAUUGAACUCAUUUGAAAGACUGCAAAGAAAGCAAGCGUCAUUCUUACUACACUUAUUUGUAAUACCUUACCAUAUAUGGUAAUUUAUGGUUGCACUGUUUUUAACUAUAACAGAUAUAAAUAGGAAAGUCGUGUACCUGAUAUGUUGUUGUUACACUCUCACUCGCGUAGUCAGGGAUCUAGUUACCUCCGGGGCAAUGGAUUAUCCCCGACCUAUCUCAAGUCGUACGUAAUUCAAUUGUACAUUUAAUUAUAUAAAAAUAAAGUUGAUGGAAAAAGUUUAAGUUUGUUCGGGGUAGCGUCUUCGUUGCAACCCCCCAACGUCACAGGAUCUCGUCGUCUGUACCCCAGUUUUCUGUUAUGGCACUUCUGUAUAUUGUCGAUAGUAAAUAGCGUGUUGUUCCUUGCAUUUAUUCUCAGGCUCAGGGACUUGAUUUUACUAAUAUUGAUUUUCAAACCUAUUUUAUUGGCUUCAGUGGAAAGUGUUUCCAAUUGGUCAGCCACAUCUUGGAGCCUUUGUCCUAAUAGGCAGAUAUCGUCCACAUAUUCUAGAUCGCUAGGCGUGUGGUUAACGUCCAUUGUAUCCCUCUUAUAGUCUAGUUUGGAAACAUAGUGUAUAGCUAUGUUAAAAAGAAACGGAGAAAGCACGCAUCCCUGUCUGACUCCAGUAAUUACGUCAAAUUCGUCACUGUUGAUCCCAUUGUGUGUCACGCUGCAUUUCGGUAAAUGUACAGUGACUUUAUAAUGGAAAUUAUUUGUAAAAUUUAAUAAAAAAAAUUUUGCUUGGUAAAAGGUAUAUUAGUUUAAAAAUCCCCUAUAGGGCUACAGGGCAAUUCGAGUUACUUGUCACCUCUUUUAACAUAAUGACCUAAUGUUACCUAUUGACCCACUUACCACGUGUGGGAGUCAUAUGUUGCCCUAGGGCCGUAGCCAUAGGAAUUUUAUCCAUCCUUUGGAUUUUGCCAUGUUGGCAUCUAUAUAAGACUUUUAGUCUGUUUUUGAAAGGCUUUCCUUUGUAUUUUUUGGUUGGCUCACCAUGUUCCUGUAACACUGAUGAUGCUCUUGUUACAGAGCGAAAACGUUUUGUUUCUAUGUUUGUAGCCCUAUAGUGGCUGUUUAAACUAAUAUACCUUUUACCACGACAAACAUUUUUUAUUAAAUUUUACUUGUAAUUAAUGGUAUACAGCCAGCUACAGGAAAUUUUUCCUUGUGGAUUUUUGGAAAUUAUUUAAUGCGGGAUGUUUCUUAGCUCUAAAAUUUUCCAUAAAGCAGAAUGAGAUAAGCUGUCAAAGGCACAUUCAAAAUCAACAAAAACCAUGUGUAGGGGUGUAUUCCAUUCAACCGAUUGUUCCAUUAUUACCCUCACAGUAUUAAUGUGGUCGAUGCAGGAGGAUUCUGACCUGAAGCCUGCUUGAUUAGCUCAAAAUUUAACCUUGUUUAUUAAUCUUUUAUGUAUGAUGGUCGUGAAGAUUUUAUUUAUGGCGGUAAGCAAGGUUAUUCCUCUCCCAUUUUUGCACAGUGCGGGGUUGCCCUUUUUUGGAAGCUUAAUAAUGUUAACUUUUUUCCAGCCCGCUGGAAUGCGGUUUGUUUCUGGUACCUCUCAGAUUAUGGGGAGCAAAGGUUAGAUGCGGAUCAGUUUUAAGUAUUUCGGUAGCAAUGUUAUCGAUUCCCGGUGACUUAUUUCUCAGAUAUUUGAUAGCUGUUAUUAUCUCCGUUUUGGAAGGGGCCUCGCCAGUUGGGUUAGUUAAUUUAAUCAGUAACUUGAUGAUAUGUGCGAUCUUAUAGCGCUUUUUGUUGACCAAAUACUGAAAAGACGUACCGGAAAUUCGUAUUAUUUAUAGUAUACUACAAGAAGCAGUUAAUUAAAAUGUACCUGCUUUUUUCCUUCAUUUUUAGUUUGUAUUGUUUGUGUAAUGAUGCAAAUUUUAGCUUUGUUUAUUUAAUUUAUACUUUUUAGUAUAAAAAAAGUACUGAAAACAUUUUUUUUUGUUUUUACAAUACUAUGGUUCCUUGAUAAUUGUUUCAUGUAGUGACAAGCUGUGCUCAAAACUGAGGAAUAGGGUUUAUAAUGUUAAUUUACUGUUUAGAACAGAUUGUGAUUUUACAGUAUAAAGUUAUAUAAUUUGAGAAAAAUAUUUAUAAAUAUAUAUCAAAUUUCAUGAUAUUGUUCUAAUAUUUUCAUCCCAUAUUAUUCUUUAACCUCGAAUUUCUUUAUAUUUAACCAUUGCAACAUUUAUACGCGGGAAAUAGUGCAAUUUUCUGUUAGUUUUAUCCAUUACGGUGGAAAGUUCUGAUACCAAAUUGUGCAUGUUGCUAAUUAAUAUUUUAUAUUUUUUUUAAGUCGGAUGUUUUGUAUACCUGUUGAAUUUUUUGUAAUCAUAAUUUGUUAAUAAAUGAAAUUGGUUA